AGGUAGACGCACAACAGGAAUGUCCAGCAACAACUGAAACUGCUUCAUGCUGCAGCCUAAUCUGUUCUGUGCAAACGUUCAGAUCUCAAGAUGUUUGACUUGAAAAGUCCAAAGCAAACAGAACCUUUCCUGGCCUUGGAUUAUAAAAACAACAUCUUAGUGACGGUCCAGUGCCACGGCCCUCCCAUUCGUUUCACUAACCUGUUAGUCAGUCAGAUGCGUUAUAUUACCAGUGAACUGAAAGGUUUGGUUGACGGAACGAACACUGUUGUGGUAAUCGGCAUCUGGUCGCACUUCAGCACUUUCCCCGUUGAGGUCUACAUCCGGCGCCUGCUGACCAUACAGAGGGCAGUGGAGCAGCUGUUGACCAGAGCUCCAGGUACGCUGGUCAUCAUCAGGACCGCGAACCCCAAAGCACUGUCCCUCUACGAGACUCUGACCAACAGUGACUGGUUUUCCUUACAGCAUGUUGACGGUUAUCUGGCAUAUCGGAAAAUUUGGAAGGUGUCGGCAACUGUUUUGGCCCUUGUCAGGCUGAUGAUGAUGCUAAAGAAGAAAAACAGCGAGUGA